AUGGCAUCGGAGGCAGAAGAAAAGCCAAGCUUCACACCACCAAGGCUACUGCUGAUACCCAAACCACAUGCAUAUGCACAUACAAAGUCACCGGAGAGGUCAGGGACACUAACCCCACCACUCCAAACUUCAGCCUCUGUCCCAUUUCGGUGGGAGGAAGAGCCUGGCAAACCCAGGGAAUGCACCAGCCUGAUCCCCAGGCCCAUCGACUUGCCACAAAAGUGCCUAGAGUUACCUCCGAGACUGUUAAUAGACACCCUGCCUUCACCCACCACAGUCUUGGAGGGUCCUUACACUGGGAAGUCAUCAAGAUUUCAGUCUUCGUCGUUUAGAGUAAUCAGAUCAAGGGAAUGUUAUGGGUCGUUUCGCAGGAGUUGCAGUCCUGAGACGGGUCAGCUUGGCCCCAUAGUUCUUAGCAAGAGGAGAGGCAAAGAGAAAGGCGGGUUUUUGGGUUCUUGGAGUUGGGGAAGGAGGGCUUUGAAGGGUAAUAGAGAGGCUGGUGGGGGCAGUUAUGUCUUUCCAUCUUUGGGGGAUAGAGAACCUCUUGAUCAAAGCAGCAAUGAAGAGGAAGAGAUGAUUAGUAGCAGCGACAAUGUCAAGAUGACAAGAAUGAAAAGUUCAGGGAGUUUUUCUGCUGUGUCCAAUGCCAGGUCUCAUUUCUGGGAUGGAUAUGUCCAAUUAAUUAUCUGUACACCGCUAGGGAUGGUCCUAUAUCUCCUAUCGACCUUCGAUAUUUCUCUUUCAAAUGAAAAUGACGUUUUUGUUGUGGUGUUGCCCAUCAUCCUUGCUUGUUCUCCCGCUGUGCUGUCAUCUGCACUGUUUUCGGAAGGCCUUUCAGCUGAACCUUUAUCUGAACUGUGGGAAGAAUUUACAGGACGUUUUAGCCAAGUAGUUGGAGAUGACAGCGUACUGUCAAAUGUGUGA